UUCAAAGUUUUACGGCGUCUGAUCGAUGACCGAGUUGCCAUUGCACCCAUUGAAAGAAUUUGAUAUUGAAACUGUGCUCGACUGUUUCAUGGGAAGUACUUUUGUGACUCAACCAUCGGGGUCUUAUCACAAUGUUCUCCUGUAACUGAGCCAGGUGACCUGUGUGAUUAUAUAUUCUCCAUUUUUCGCUCUUUUAACCCACUGGAAGAUUCCAUUAUUCCAAACAUCAGAUCUGAAGACGUUGAUUCCCUCGUGUAUGGCGGCGCCGUCAAUUACUGGUGAGGAGUACUGACAAUGAUAAACAUUUACAUGACAGCCUCCCAAUGUUGAAUAAUGGGAGUGAACACAUCAACUUCCCAAGAGAAAGAGAAGGAAAAAGAGAAAGAGAAGCAGUUGGCACGGUUACAGUCAUCAUCAUCUCUGACUCAGUACUCUGAUGCAUUAGCAUAUCCUGAAUAUUUCUUGGAGCCUCGAGGAAGCAGUAGUAGCAGUGGCGGUGCUGGUAUCAGUAUGUCUUCCUCGGGUAAAGACAAAAAAAAGAAAAGUGCCGGCUUUGCCACUCUGCGCAAGAAAUUCAUCCGUCGGCGAAAGUCAAGCAAAUAUGACCAUGCAAGAAUUAUCCGAGAUUUGGUGUCUGGGUGGAGCAUGCGAGAUUUAAAUGCAUUAGUCGAAGAAUACGAAGCUACAAAUGUGCUGAAAGAACUGACUAUUCAUGCUAAUUUAGCAAGACCUCAUGCCAGCUGUCUUAAAGAGGAUUUAUCGGAUUUAUAUGACUAUAAAUACUGUACUGACAUUGAUCUCAUCUUCCUUGGUACAUGCUUCCCAGUGCACAGAGGUAUACUAUCGUUGCGGUGUCCAUACUUCCGUGAUCUCCUCAGACGGCAUCCUCAAUAUGGGGCGCAAGUUCAUGUGGAUAUUCGGACAAAAGGAAUGGAUAUUUCAACAUUCUCUGCUCUCCUGCGAUAUCUCUAUACAGGUGAUUUCAACACGCAGGUGUCACGUUUAGAAAAUCUGGACGUCCUCGUCAAGCUUGGUGAUCAGUUUGGCACCCCUAAUUUACUAGAACACGACUUUAGGCAUUUGUUAGAGACUGGUGAAUUCUGCGAUGCAGUGUUAGUGUUCUCAUCAGAACCGGCUGCUGAAGUUCAAGGUCAAGAAGCAGCAAGCAUUGGGGCAAUCUAUGAAGAACUAUUCUGCCACAAGUCCAUCCUAGCAGCUCGAUCACCGUUCUUUCGGAAUCUACUCCACAGAAGAUGUAGAUCAGGGGAAGAGUUAACUGAGAGGACUUUACAACAACCGACUCGUAUUGUUUUAGACGAGUCAAUUAUCCCUAAAAGAUAUGCCCGAGUGUUACUUCAUGCAAUCUACUUAGACGUUGUAGAUUUAUCAUUUGUCAUUCAAGACAGCCCUAGUAUGGGGAGUCUUGGUGAAGUGCAAGCCAUGGUAUCAGGGAGAGGUCAGUUAACGAGAACCGAAGAAGCAAUGGAGGUUUAUCAGAUUGCCCGAUUCUUGGAUCUAACUAUCAUGGCUCAAGCAUGUGAGGAUAUCAUAGCAGAAAGCUUGUGUCAAGACAACUUGAUAACCAUACUGAAUUGGAGCUCACAAGCACAUGGCUCACAGUGGGUUAAUAGACAGGCUAUGCACUUUCUACGUGAGGAGUUUUUGGCAAUAGCGACAUCGCCGGUUUUAUGUGAGCUCAAUAAAGGCUAUCUGAUUGAAGGAUUGAAAUCAGAUUAUUUACAGGUACGUAAUAAAAACACUUGUUGGUAUUUGUUAAAAUGGGCCGAGCAUCAACUUAUCAAGAGAAUAGAAGAAAGAGAACCCAAUUUACUGAGUAAUACUCAACACAGUGUAAGCAAGAAAGGAAUCAAGCGACGAGACUUGGAUGACAGCGAAUUACGAGAGAUUCUCAGCGAUAUAUUGCCAUAUAUUCGGGUUGAUCACAUAAUACCGCACAGUAACGAAGUGUUAACCAAUGUAAUUAGGAGGGGAUUGAUCAGUACACCGCCGUCACACAUGUUCGGUAGCGACGAUGAGUCCUUGGUUAUCAACCCUUGGAUUAGAUGUAAAAAUAAUCCGAUGUACGUCAAGCCACGAUUGUUCACUCCAUAUAUGGACGAGGUUAAGGCCAUUCUUGAUGAGCACAUGGUAGCUGAAAUGGAGCUUGUAAGACUACGAAUGAUUCGUAUGUCCCACAUACCGGACACGUUGUACAUGGUAGAUGCCAAGUCUUACCAGAGCAGAGGAUAUACCCAAGUGGAUGCUGUCACCGAUCCCAGUGUCAUUGCUGGAUCACUGCCAGCCCCUGAUGUCCACACGACGAGGGCCAUAAUGGAAAGAGAAAAAGAAUUAUGUCGAAGUAAUCUUACUCAGCGUGCUUUCUCGCUACCGUGUAGCGAUAUUGGUGCCGUGAUACACGAAAUACAGAAGCGUGUCGUCCGGGAAUUCGGCCUGCCAGAUGAGGCGGUAGAGAUAUUCAAGAGUGGUGGAGAAGACGCCAGCACAGACCCAACCAAUGAUUAUUACUCUCAUAGCAGGAGAAACGUAGAACAAGAGUGGUGCGGCCAUCCAGAAACUCCUGUGUUGGCCAAUCCUCCUGAUUCACCAGUGGCUGCAGCUGCUGCUCAAGUUGUUCCUAUGCUGAGUGAAAUGAUGCCAGACAUCGCCAUGGCAACUGGACCUGAUAUCACCAUAGCUACAGCCCCGUCAAUUAAUCAGAUGUUGCUGCGGGAACCUGAACUGGGAGAUGAGCACUUUGUUCGUGACAAAAACGGUCAAAUGGGGGAAUUAUGAAAAAAACAAAAAUCAGAAAAAAACUAAUUUAUAGAUUUUAAAGAUACUCUUAUAUGUGAAAUAUGUAAUAUGCAAUGGGAUCUGUUAACAAAUGAUUUUGUUUCCUUCUCUCAUUUUCCAUAUUUCUAAGAUUGCAAUUUUUUUCAGAACUGGUCAUUUUGAUAAUAAUUCUUGUUUGAAUUCAAACAUUGCAUUUAUAACCUGUGUAACAAUGUUGUGAGGUUCUGGAAUGCUGUCAACACUCCUUUUUUUUUCUGAUUUGUUUUAACAGGGAUAUUUGCAUCGCAUAUCAAUGACAGAACAAAAAUUUUCCUUAAUGGGAGUGUUGGUUGGUACUUUUAUGGAAAACACAAAAAAAGCAUUUUCUAGAAUCUGAAUAACUGAUAUUUAUACUAUACUAUACUGUAGUGUUGUUGUAACUCUAUACAUAUUUUGUAUGUAUUAUAAUUAAUGUGACAUUUUAAUGUGAUACCGCGUAACGAUUGUGUACUUAAAAUCGAAUGGGAUACUCUUCCACAGUUGUACGUCUAGUCUGUACAGUGAAAAUAAUGAAACCAGGCAUUUGUACUUGUAUUAUUAAAAGGGAACAGUUUUUUUUUUUGUUAUACAGCAUUUAUGCAUUAGUAUGGGCAGGAGGAGGAAGAGGAGGGGGGCUUGAAAUAUGUUGAAGUUGUGUGGCAUUCCAAUAGUCCUGUUUUAAAAAAAAAAACAUUCUUCUUUUUAUUUCUGUAAUAUUUCAUGUGAUGAUAUUUACGCUAGCCCUGCAAAUUUUUAACAGAAGUACAAUGAAAUAUACCAGUAGUUAAUAACGAAUUACUUGUACUGUACCCCAGAUUACAUU